GAGCGCUAGCGGAGCCGGGCCCGGAGGAGGUCGGCGGCAGCGGCGCCGGGGGAGGAGGCGGAGGAGGAUGCGGCUGCGCUCGGGUGUCUUCGCCGCCUCCUGCCUCCUGGUGGAGGCCCUGGGGGUCGCGCUCUUCCUCCGCGGCUUCUUCCCGGUGCCCGUCCGGUCUCUGCCCCGCAGAGAGGCCCGCGGGGACCCUCCCGCCGAACCGGCCCCGCCCGGCCCAGGAAUGCGUUCUAACUGGACCAAAAUUCCACCACCGCUUUUCAAAAAAGUUGUCAUUGUGCUGAUCGAUGCUUUGAGAGAUGACUUUGUCUUUGGAUCCAAAGGUAAACAGUUCAUGCCAUAUACUACACAAGUUGUUGAAAAAGGGACAUCCUACAGUUUCAUUGCUGAAGCGAAGCCACCCACUGUGACUAUGCCUCGGAUUAAGGCUUUGAUGACGGGUAGCAUACCAGGUUUCAUUGAUGUUAUUGUGAAUCUCAACUCUCCAGCUCUGUUGGAUGACAAUCUGAUAUGGCAGGCAAAAGCAGCUGGGAAAAGAAUAAUCUUUUAUGGUGAUGAUACUUGGGUUAAAUUGUUUCCAAAGCAUUUCGUGGAAUAUGAUGGAACAACAUCCUUCUUUGUGUCAGACUUUACAGAGGUUGAUAAUAAUGUUACCAGGCAUUUGGACAGAGUGUUAAAGAGAGAAGACUGGGAUCUCCUAAUACUACAUUACCUGGGGUUGGACCAUAUUGGACAUAUGACUGGGCCAAACAGCCCAUUAGUGGGACCAAAACUUCAUGAAAUGGAUAACAUCCUGAAGAAGAUUCAUAUUUCUCUUCUUUCUAAGGAAGAAGCUUCUCUGCCCAAUUUGCUAGUUGUUUGUGGGGAUCACGGGAUGUCUGAAACAGGUAGUCAUGGUGGUUCUUCUGAAGGAGAAGUGCACACACCACUGCUGUUUAUCAGCUCUGCUUUUGAAAAGAGAAGUGGUCCUCUAACCCAACCUGAACUCGUGCAACAAACUGAUUUAGCUAGCACACUGGCAGUGGGUCUUGGUCUACCAAUUUCAAGAAACAGUGUUGGGAACCUUAUAUUGCCAGUUGUGGGAGGCAAGACAAUGAGAGAACAGCUACGUUUUGUGCACUUGAAUGGGUUUCAGCUCAGCAGACUGCUGCAACAGAAUACACCUGCAUAUGAAAAAGAUCCUGGAUAUGAACAUUUCAAGAAAGCAGAAAAGUCCCAUGGUAAUUGGAUCAAACUGUAUUUAGAGGGGAAUAAUUCAGAAAUACUCUUAAAUCUUGGCAAAAAGGUCCUGAAGCAAUAUUUGGAGGCCCUGAAGACUCUGAGUUCUUCACUAAGCAAACAAGUGGCACAAUAUGACAUGUAUUCGAUGAUGGUGGGGACUGUGAUCAUUAUGGAGCUACGGUUACCAGAGAGGAAACUUGGAAUUCUGCAUGAUCUGUGUGCAGCUUACAGCAAAGCAAAAGUUCUGCUGCUGCUUUUGCUCAGCGUACCAAAAGCCCUGAGCAGCCAGGCAGAAUUUGAAGUGCCCCUCUCCCCUCCAUUGUUCUCUCUGCUGUUUUACUUGAUGUGUCUGAUGCUGUGUGCAGUUCAUGUCAUUGUAUGCACAUCGGCAGAAAGCUUAUGCUAUUUCUGCAGUAUGUCCUGGUUAACAGCAGCUGGAGUAAUGAUGCUGAUUUCUGCACUUAUGUGUGGUAUUUUGUCUGCUAUUGCAAAGAUCUUUGAGAAUUCCAGACUUCCACUGAAGAAUCCUGUUGUGUCCAGUUCCAGCAGGUCAGAAAUAGAUGUGCUGAUUCUGGCUGGAACAAUUGGCCAUGUUUUGAGUUUGGGGGCAAGCAGUUUUAUAGAAGAGGAACAUCAAACCUGGUAUUUUCUUAUCAAUACGCUUUGUUUGGUGCUGUGUCAGGAACUGUGUAGAAAUAAUUUUCUUCUGAAAGAAUGUGACCCUCAGUGUGGCACCACUGUGAAACAAAAUGUUGAUAGUAUUGGGGAAGCCUCUGAAUGCAAGAAUAUAGACAUUCCAGCAGCAGGAAGUUCAAAAUUGGGCAAGGCCUCCUCUUCAGCUGACUUCAUAAAAGGAUCAGAUAAGUGGAUAAGCUUAGCAAGUCCCUGGAUCAUCCUUAUUUGCUGCCGGCUACUUCGAUCCUUGAAUCAGACAGGCGUCCAGUGGGCUCAUCGGCCAGACUUUGGACAUUGGCUGACAAGCUCAGAACAUAAACCUGAACUCUCCUUCUUGGCUGCAGUCUCCCUACUUAUGAUCUUCUUUCUGGUUCAAAGAAGAUGCUCCCUGGUUUCAAAAAUUGCUAUGGCACUUGGGCUCCUGGGAGUCUACAGUUACCGGGCAGCUAUUGGAAAUGUCAUAUUUCCAUGGCAACAUGACAGCAAGGAUAUUUCAAAGGGGAUUACUGAAGCUCGUUUUGUUUAUGUCUUUGUUCUUGGCAUAGUCUUCACUGGCACUAAAGAUUUACUAAAGUCACAGGUUAUUUCUACAGACUCCAGUGUGAAGAGUACAGGAUUGUGGGAAGUGUAUAGCGGAUUGGUUCUACUAGCAGCCCUUCUAUUUAGACCGCACAAUUUACCAGUCUUGGUGUUUUGUCUGCUGAUUCAGACAAUGAUGACAAAAUAUAUCUGGAGACCUUUGAAAUCAGAUGCAGCACAGAUUACUAUCAUGCACUACUGGUUUGGCCAAGCUUUCUUCUAUUUUCAGGGAAAUUCAAAUGGCAUUGCUACGGUGGAUGUUUCAGCAGGUUUUGUGGGACUAGAAAGCUAUGUGGAGAUACCAGCUAUCUUCCUUACAGCGUUUGCAACAUAUGCAGGACCUUUACUUUGGGCCAUUCAUCUGUUGUGCUACUUGAGUUCUGAAGUUAGCAGGAAUUCAGCGGCAGUGGGUCACGGCUGUUUCUGCUAUGCUCUAAUGCGUUCAAUUCCAGUUGCCAUCUACAUUGUUUUGGUAACAGGUCUGCGUUACCACCUGUUCAUAUGGAGCGUCUUCUCACCAAAACUACUUUAUGAGGGAGUGCAUGUGUUCAUCACAGCCGCUAUCUGCCUGUUCUUCACAGCAAUGGAUCAGAGCUACUCUCAAAAAGUGCAAGAUCGGAAAUAAGUGUGCAGUAUGCACUUCUGCAUUGCAAUGUCCAGUGUGACACUGGAAUGGAAAAAGGAAAAUAAUGGCUUUAAACUGGCGUGCAGAAUUUGAAGAGUAACCUUGUUUAUUUUAGUCAAAAUUGGACUUGAAGGGCCUGUCUUGUUUCAAAACUGAGUUUGUUUUAAAAAUGUUGACUUUGAAAUAAACUGUUUUUUCAUGGAUAACUUUUGUUCGAUAACUGUUGUUAUAGCACUCUCGAAAUAACAGAAUGGCAAUAUUACAUUAUUUGAAUUUAAAAAUGUACAUCUUAAUGUAAAUACAGACCAGUGCCUCUUGGGCACUGAAAAAAUCUCUUGCACAUACAAGUUUUUUACCUUCUUAGAAUACAGAAUCCUAAAAAUAUGCAGGAUUUCUUGGUGCUAACCAGAUGAUCUUCUAUUCAUUAGUCUUGGGGUGGUGGUGUUUGUUUUUGUUUCUAGCAUGUGCAUUGAAAUUAUUAUUAAAUUAUUGAAUUAUUGUACAAAUAUCCCAGGUAAGAGAUUUUUUGUUUGUUUUGCAUAGGCAGCACUUCUGUUUAAAGGCAGUAUUUUCUUUGGAAGACGAGUGCAAUCAUUACCUGUAAUGGAAUCUGAUCUGCACCUCAGGCACUGGAUAAGAAACGCUAAUGGGCUAACAAAGUAAUGAAUCUUCCAUGGAGUCCAUUCACUGCUAAAAUUUUGUGGUUCUUUUUAUCAAUGUACAAAUGUUAAAUCGGGUUGGUGGCAGCUGUGCGGAACAUUUGAUCAUGUUUUCUACACUAGGUUGGAAAGUUAUGAGCCAUGAGCAGGAAAAUAGUUUCAUGGGCUAAGUUACCAGCAGAAUAAAAGGUGUGUUCGUAUUGCCUUGCCCUUAGUGACCUGUCUAGUCACCUCACUUGAAUGUGCUAUAAUUAAUUCAGAACAAUGUUGUUUUCCUUGUUUCUGUCAAGAAGAUAUACAUUGGGUAUCUUGAGUAUCAGUAUUCUUUAUGUGGUUGUUUUUGCCUCAUAUUUUUGUCCAUGUUAGCAGCCAAUAGGAUUUAAUCUAAAUGUAUUAGAGGUGUAGCAGGAGGGAAGCAUACAGGGAACUUCAACUUUUGUUAUACAUCUGACAAUAAAAAGCUUUUAAGUCCUGUGUAGCUGACAGCACAUUUGUUAGGAUCACUGAUACACUUUUCAUCUCAUGUUUCAGAUAGAGCAAGUCUCAAAAAGUAAGCCUUUAGUCUUCAUACAUUAAUAAUAGGCCAUCUUGAUCACUAGUAAUGAAAUUUUUUUCGACUGUAAAACAACAGAAUUUUCAGUACUCUGGCCACAUAUUGCUGUUCACCUGGAGAAGAAACUACUGGAUGUUAAUGUCAUUCACUGUGAUCUGUUGGAAGUUUGAAAAUUAUAUACUUUUAAUAAAUUGGGUUUUGCUGCAAA